CGACCCCACAUUUUGUUGUUCUGUGGUGUGUCGACAAUGACAAUUGUAUCGCACAUUUUCAGUCUAUUUUGCGGCGCUGGAGUAAAUUAAAGCACGUCAAGGUCUAAUAUUGUUAAAAUCACGUGCGAUUGGAGGGAGGUGGGUGGUUGUAAGUGGCUCCCUUUUGCAGUUCGAAGUGCCAGCGAUCACGCAAAACUUACCGAGGGGACUCCCCCAGCCGGCAAAAUUUACUCUCCGCCAUUCUCCAGUUCGAGCACCUGCCCCUCGAAAAGUCUCUGUACGGCAACGUGCUUAAACUUCAUUAACCACCCCCGACCCAGCAAAGGACAAAUGGAAGUAUGGAGGGAUAGAAGGAUGGAUGGAUUGAUCGAUCGAUGAACCAAAAAGGGACCAGUCUGCGUAGUACCAAUGAAUAGUAAAAGUAUUUCCAAAACUUUCAUGUUUAUGUUAGCAAAAAUUUAAGAAUACUUCCACCUAAUUUAUAACAAUACAUUGAGAUUUGUGAUAACGGGAUUCCUCUACGGAAACAAUCAGCGCCCAAAAAACACCAGCUUGAAGAGAUGCGAUUCGGAACGGAGCUUCUCUAGGACCCGGGAGAGCCGACGUCUUCGCCCCACGCUGGCUUGGCUUUGGAUGACAGCUCCCGUCUUUGCGGUGCUCGGCUCCACAGACGCCGCCGCAUAAAGGAUGUGAGGGAGCAGGAGGCUGCCGUUUUUCCGCAGCAAACGUGCGGCUCUGCCCACCGGAUCCUGGAGUAGCCGCGUCUGAUUGCGCCGCCGCAUGACUUCGCCGUUUCCUUUCUCUGUAGAAGUGCAAAUAAGUGGGAUCUGCACGCUUUUGGACGGCGUUUAGCUGUAAACGAGGUGGUAACUGAACCCACUUCUUUUUACCUACAGCUUAUUCACCUAUAAGUCACUUCUUCGUUUCAUCUGGUGAAAAUUUGGUGAAGACACGACUGGCUGCCUGGUUCAUUAUCACGCUUUAUCGUUGCGCUUCUCACCCCUGAUAUCCGGCAUGCGUUCCGUGGCAAAUGACAAAUCUGAAUCGACACAUAAGGCUCUAUGAUUGGGAAGAAACUCACAUUUGAAAAUAUUAUCCGGGAAGGAAAUACAGUCGCGAUCCAGGCGAAUUUGAGAAGCUUUGUUUGGUCCCGGCCAUCGGGGAGCAUCACUGACAAUAGAGAUUCGGCCCCACGCCGUGCGUUCAGAGCACCGGGGAUGUCCGUCAGCAAAAGUAUGGAGUGGGAGCACUUCGAGGAGCGGGACAGGACGCAUCGAGCCUCCCGGGGGUCCGGUUCGGGCUCCCAGUCAGGCUGCAGGGGUAACGGUCUGGUACCGAGCCCGGCGCACAGUGCUCAUUGCAGUUUCUACCGCACCCGCACAUUGCAGUCGCUAACAUCGGAGAAGAAAGCCAAAAAAGUGCGAUUUUACCGUAAUGGGGACAAGUACUUUAAGGGCUUGGUGUACGCCGUGUCUAACGACCGAUUCCGGUCCCUGGACGCGCUCCUCAUGGAGCUGACCCGGGCGCUGUCGGACAACGUCAACCUGCCCCAGGGGGUCCGGACUAUUUACUCAGUGGACGGGACCAAGAAGAUCACAAACCUGGAGGAGCUGGUGGAAGGCGAGAGCUACGUAUGCGCCUCCAACGAGCCCUACCGCAAGGUGGACUACACCAAGAACGUCAACCCAAACUGGUCAGUGAAUGUGAAGGCGACGGCGGCGGUGGCCCGUUCACCCUCCUCCCUGAGCUUGCAACGGGGAGAGCAGCGCGAGGGCAAGGACUUCAUCAAACCCAAGCUGGUGACCGUGAUUCGCGGCGGCGUCAAGCCCCGCAAAGCCGUGCGCAUCCUGCUCAACAAGAAGACCGCCCACUCCUUCGAGCAGGUGCUCACCGACAUCACCGACGCCAUUAAGCUGGACUCGGGGACGGUGAAGAGACUCUACACGCUUGAGGGAAAGCAGGUCACCUGCCUGCAGGACUUCUUCGGCGAGGAUGACGUGUUCAUCGCCUGCGGCCCAGAAAAGCACCGCUACGCCCAGGAUGACUUUGUUCUGGACCACAGCGAGUGCCAAGUGCUCAAAUCCUCGUAUGCCCGCGCCUCACCUUCCGCCAGGCCCCCGGGAUCCAAGAGCCCCGGACUGACGCGACGGAACAAAUCCCCAGCUGCAGUAAGAAGAGCUGGACAAUUCUCCACCAGCCAGUCACCGGUCAAGUCUCCAGUCAAUGGGACCCCCGGAAGCCAAAUGUCCACGCCCAGGUCCACCAAAUCCUCCAGCUCCUCCCCCACCAGCCCACGGAGCUUACGCACCUUCAAGAUUCCUCCUCACUACAGCUCGGCGUCAAACAUCAACGGGGCCGCAGAACUCACGAGGAGCGUGAGCCCAGAAGUGAAUGGGAACAAAGGUCCGUCCUCCUCCGUAAUCCUGGAGAAGUACAAAGUGGGGAAAGUCAUCGGGGACGGAAACUUCGCUGUCGUGAAAGAAUGCGUGGAGCGGUGCACAGGAAAGGAAUAUGCCUUGAAGAUCAUAGACAAGGCCAAGUGUGCUGGGAAGGAGCAUUUGAUCGAGAACGAGGUUGCAGUCCUUCGACGGGUCAAACACCCCAACAUCAUCAUGCUCAUCGAGGAGGUAGACACGUCCAGCGAGCUCUACCUGGUCAUGGAGCUGGUCAAGGGUGGGGACCUCUUCGACGCCAUCACCUCCUCCACCAAAUACACGGAGCGUGACGCCAGCGUCAUGGUGAACAAUCUGACCUGCGCCCUGAAGUACCUGCAUAGCAUGAACAUCGUGCACCGGGACAUCAAGCCGGAGAACCUGCUGGUUUGCGAGUACAGUGACAGCACCAAGUCCCUGAAACUGGGAGACUUCGGCCUGGCCACGGUGGUGGAGGGGCCCCUCUACACCGUGUGUGGGACGCCCACCUACGUUGCCCCCGAGAUCAUCGCCGAGUCUGGAUACGGCUUAAAGGUGGACGUCUGGGCGGCCGGCGUCAUCACCUACAUCCUGCUGUGCGGCUUCCCCCCGUUCCGCAGCGAGAACAACCUUCAGGACGACCUGUUCGACCAGAUCCUGCUGGGCCAGCUUGAGUUCCCUUCGCCGUACUGGGACAACAUCACCGACUCGGCCAAGGAGCUGAUUGGCCGGAUGCUGCAGGUGAACGUGGAGGCCCGCUACACGGCCGAGGAGGUCCUCUCGCACCCCUGGGUCACCGAAGACGCCGCGAUGGAGAACAACAUGAAGGUGGAGGUGACAGGUAAACUCAAGAAGCACUUUAAUACGUCACUAAAGGAGAACAACAGCACCACGGCCGCAGUGUCCGUGAUCAUGAACACAGCUCUAGAUAAGAAGAUCCUGCUCACCAAGAGGUCUCCAGAUGUCCGUGGCGUGCCCCCCCCGCUCGCCCCCUCCACGGUCUCACCACAGCCCCCCGCCUUCGCUGCCGACCCACUCCCCGACUCGGCAAACUCGGAGCGCGGGGUAGAAGCAGGAAAAACUUAAACUGCUUCUUACAAGUUUUAUGCAGGGGAUACAUAUUUCAUUCCAGUUAUUUCAUCGCUGCUGAACAGCAAAGCCGACCAUUAGAUAUCAUCCACUGUGCUCUGAAAGGCAGGUUAUUUUCAGAAGGUUCUGCUGGCUGUAUAUAUGUGUAUAUAUACCAAUUUGUAUAUGCACACAUAUGGAAGACGACAGGUGCUGAGUUCAUAGAGGCUUUUAAACUGUUUUUUUUCAAUUUCUCAUUAUUUAUUGUUUUCUUGAAACUGUGACUGGUUGGUACAUGUGUGUUAGCCAUGAAUUAUUGUGUAGAUCCAUGUUUUAUUGCUGGAAUUAAGAUAAGCUACUAUAGACACACAUCAUUUAAGCCUGGAAAUAUGAAAUGCUGCAGGAGGAAAUCUACAAUAAGGAACUGGGUGCCUCUUGGAUCAACCUGGACCAGCAGGUCAUCUUAAGGACUCUGUACCGAAAGAGACUCUUCAGCCUGCCGGAGAUGAUGAUUAAUGGGGGGGGGGGCUUCCUCUCCUUCUUGGCCCAGGCAAGCUGGAUCAACAAGCCCCUGUGAACCAGAAGCGGCACUAAAGCGUACUUAGGCAGACAAGAUAGCAUUCCACAAACCCGACGUAAAGAUGCCCAGGGCCUAUUUUUAUUCCACGUUUGUUUUUAGGUCAGACCUGCUUUUUAGGUCAGACCUGGGUUUCAAGGGUGCCCACACUUGGUAGAAGAUCCAACCGUCGCAUGGUCUCUCCUUCGACUUCCCUCCCCGUCAGCACAGCUCCCAGAAUGCAUCACUGCUGACAUUGCUCCAAGGGGAGCUGGUGACGCUCGGUUUGACGGGACCUCCUCUGCCCUCUCAACGUGCAGGCUAACCCUGAUUGUACGGCGAGAGUAAAAUACAACUGGGGGACAGGCAGGGAGGGGUUGGACUUUCAUUCAGCCCAAUGGUGUGUAUAGUGCGCUUUGGGGUGGGCCGUUUGCUGUACCUCCUUGUCAGUUUUAACGUAACAUUUCAUUUUGUAAUAGAAGUAAUAAUCUGGCAACUUCAGUGAAAAUGCAAUAAAUUUCAGCCUUUGAAAGACG